GCCUCGCUGACUAGAUUCGACUGCACAUAGUUCGAGUGAAAAACUGAAGAGAAAGACUGAGUUAGAGAUGGCGAUUGAAAAAUGUCUGGAGAAAGCGUGAAAGUAACCGGUGAAGAUCUUAUCUGGAACACUGAGCUUGAAGUCAGUCUCUUCUAUGCUAUGAGAGGACACAAACCUGUUGGUGUUAACAAGAAUUUUCAGAUGAUGUGCAUCCAUGAGAAAUUCAACCAGGCCACAGGUCGUCAGGUGACCUCCAAACAGAUAUGGGACCACCUGGAAACCUUGUAUGACAUGCAGGCAUUGCAUGAGUCAGAGAUCUUGCCCUUCCCCAACAAAGAGGUGGACUUCUCUCUACCGACGAGUGAAUUCCAGGAGAUGAUGCAACAGAGAGGCAAGACUGGAGAUCCCUUUAAGGGCUUCUCAUCCUCAUCACAUGAUAGCUCCAAAUCGGACUCGACCAAAUCAUCCAUCAAGUUUGGCACACCUAGCGGCGUCGCUGCGGGCACACCAUCUGAGAAGGACAACUCGCCCAAGAGGAAGAGAACGCGGCAAGCCGGUACUCCGACAGAAACGCCCUCUACUAAGCGUAGGAGAUGAAAGAUGCCUUCUGGAAGCUAGAGAAAGGACAUGUGUAGCUCUGUCAGUAGCCUUGUAUGUAUUCGGCCUUUCGGAGAAGAACUUUUAUGAUGAAUCAGAAUGAUGCUUGUUUGGAUCAAGUUUGAUUCAAAGGCAUAUUCUCGCUGUCGCAGGUCGCAACUUGGUUCAUUGCCUCAACGCCUGUAUUGAAGUCGAAGUUUAUUUGUUCCACAUUUACAUCAAAAUAUUGUGAUUACAACGACUGCGGGUCAAAGGAAAUUGUAGCAGUGAUCUGGUAAACAUGUAUUGUUUUUCACUUAUGUUGGACAUUCUUGUACAGUCACCAAUCAUGGAUUCAUCAGGUUUUUGUGUGGAUAUCUCAGAGUUUGGUGAGAAAGAAGGAAUUUGAACUGGAUAUUGGACUCCUGCUUUUGUAUACAUUGUAACUGACCCUCAAUAGAUUUUCUUUUGUUUGAUUAAAAAAAUUAAUCUAAAACAUCAGGUGUUCUUGUGUGAUUGUUGGAUUGCUUUAUUUGUAUGAAGCAAAUUUAAUGCUGUUUUGCCAACUCGACCAACUGCCGAUAUCUGAAGGGGUUGGGGUGAGGGAAUAGGGUAAAGUUUCAUCAUACCUGUUGUGGGAUUUACUAUAGUAGUUGAGAUUAUUCAUGCACAGAUUAUGGACCCAAAUACUUCAGUCUCUUAUAGCGACCACUGUUCGACUGAUACUACACGUACAUCAGGUUCCACUGUAGUACAGGGAAGGUUGGCAAAUGCUGUUUUUAUUAAAGAAUUCCUCUUCAAAGUUCAAACCAGACAGGUAUUACUGUUAAUUUCCAAGUUAAAUAGAUUAUUACUUUCUAAAAAUCAACAAUUUUAUCUGGUUGAAAUUGAAAAGCGAUAUUGGCAUGAUUUAUCAGGUUGAAAAUUUGACAACCAUGAAGGUUGUUUUGAUCAUGCCUAUUUAGUACGGGUAGAUAAAUGUGCUGGACAUAUUUAACCCCCCCCCCCCCCCUCUCUUUUUGUUUUUGUUGAAGCAUUUUCUCUAAGCCAUCAGAUAUACCUGUAUAUCCCCUAGUGUAUAAACGGUUGUUAAGCAAAAUGACAUAAAUGACAUAAAUGACAUAAAAAAGGAAUAUUGUUCAAAUGCUUUCCCGCUUUGUCCUCAGAGGCACGUAUCAUGUACCGUACUUCUUUAUCUUCAGUGUGCAACAUUGCCCAGUUUUCAUUGUUUUUUCAAAUUAAUUUUAUGGCUUGAUAAAUAUGUGGGCAACAUCUGUUUUGGAAUAUUUAUUUACAUUGUUUAUCUAUGAUUUUGAUGUGCAUGUACAGGCCCUGUAUGAGAAAUUGCCAACAGGGAGUUUUUUCAUUUUCCUUUGCAAAGUGUUGCCAAUUUUAAGAUUUAAUUUGAAUUGCUACAUUUAGCACAAUUUGAGUGUACUUCUUCAGAAAAAUGUUUUGAAACACUAUUUCUUUUUGCAUGGAUUACCGAAAAAGCCUUCAGUAAUGCAUAACAUAUUACAUCCAUUAUGAUCAUCAUCUGGAGUUUUAUUCAAAAUAAAUAGAAUUAUUAUAGAAAUAAAUUCUUAGUUUUGUUGUGAGAGUUCGAUUUUAUGAGUCAUUAAAAUGCUUGAUCUUGUUAAAUCAUA